AUGAUGGCAGAAGCAACUGUGAUGCAGUUUCCUGCACGCAUUGAAUGGUUCUGGCAGACAAGAGAUGAGCCACCUAAAUGGUACAGAUAUUCCGAUGUUGAGAACAUUUUAAUUGAAGAAGCUUUUCAAGCUAAGCAAGAUCAAGUCAUUUUAGAUACAGUUCAAAUUGAUUUUGUCCAUCAGGUGCAAAUCUGCAGUGACAAUAACAAUAAUCCACAAUCAGUACCUGUGAAACGUGAAGUGAAGACCACAAGAGACAAAAUACUAAGAGAAGAUCGAUUUAUAGUUAAUCCUAUACAUCCGGAUAUGCCAUUUUGUCAUGCCUCUACUGAUUCAAUUUUUCUCGUUGCAACUAAACAACAGAUAAGUAACAUGUGUUUUAAGAAUAUUGUGGAGAUAGUUGCUGAAGGCAUAGCUCAAGAAGGUAAGAAGUUAGGAAGACAGCGUGAAGCUCAAUGGAUGGCCAAUGAAUUACUCAAAGUGAAAAACGGGUCUGAAGAAGAAAUCUGGCGCUGUUGUGCUCGUCUGUACUCAAUGGAAAGUUUUCUAUACAAGAAACUAAAUGAAGCUAUGAGGCUAGUUGACGAUAAGAAACAACGACAUAUCUGGCAGCAACAAAUAUCGACGUUAGGUCCAUUUGCUGUUCUUCUAGAUAGAAUUACUGUUAUGUUCGAGCGUCCAGCAGGCGGGUUUCGGGGAAUCAUUUACCGUGGGGCAAAUUUAUCGAAAGAUCAGAUUACAAAAUUCAAGGAGAUCGCAACCAGCAACAAUCCAUAUCGCAGUUUCCAAGCUUUUACGUCAUGCAGUCGAAAUCGUACGAAAGCUGAAAGUUUUGGAAAUACGUUAUUCAUCAUUACCCAACCUGUCCACAAGUUGUCCACCAAUAAUGAUAUAUCGCCAUAUUCCGAUUACGAUGAAGAAGAAGAACUUCUGAGUCCUGCUUAUCGAUUUCGAAUACGAAAUGUGGAGUUUAAUGUAAAGAAAAAAAAGCAUUAUAUAUAUUUGGAUGGCUAA